AUGAAUAACCCAUUAUGUUCCGCUCUGUUGAUUUCCGUUGUAUUGAUUCUUACAGACGCCGGUUGUUUAACGUAUCCUAAUAUAACAGACGCAAAUUUUGAUAAAGAUUGCAAUGGAAAUGUAGUCAUUACAUGUUAUGAAGGUUUCAAGAUGGUACAAGGGCUGGAAUGUGUUGAGGAAGAAUGGAGAUAUCAAAACCCAAUAUGUAAACGCACAGAAUGUGGAUACAAAUAUUCAAAUGUAACAUCUUUGUUUCCCUAUCCCUACGGAACAAGACCUGUAUCUUAUUCAGCGGAAUGUUAUGAAAACUGUGCUAACGAUACCAGAUGUUCCACUGCUGCCAAGGAUCAGGGUACAAGAUGUCAACUUUACGAAACACCAGUCAUCUUCGUGUCCUUGGGUGGAAAUGAAGACCAAUGUAUUGAAAAGUGCAACGAGAUGAGUGAAUGUAAAACGAUUGGCAUUGGAAACGAAAUGAGUUUUUUCUGUUUUUUAUUUAACGCCACCUUGGACAAGAUUCCAAAUAAUAUGAAAGACACUAGAGCUUUAACCGUAGCAGAAAAAAUCUGCAAAUAA